AUCGGCUGCCGCGCGUCAGUCGAAGCAACCUAUGGGCGACUCCGGGGCGGUUUAAAAGGUGGCGCCGUUGGCUCUGGGGUGCACUCUGCUGUGUUUUACAGUGGUUUGCGUUUUGUUGCUCCAGCCUUUUCUGUGUUGUUGGUCUCUGAGGUGGUCUCAUCAAUCUGAAGAUGGCAACUCUGAUCUUUGUUGAUCAGGAGAAUGGUGAACUUGGUGCUCCUAAGAGUCAGCUGAAGCUCUCUUCAGGAUCUUCAAAAGUCUUAGCUGAAAGAACACAAGUUAACACUCCACUUCCUAAAAAAGCUAUCAGUACUUCUCCAGUCACAUCUCAUUCUGUCAGAAAGGCUCUUGGAAAUGUAAAUAAAACUGAACGAGUCAUGGGCAAGAUGGAUAGGAUAAAACAGAAAAAUCAGCCUUGCACUGUGAACAAAACUGGAUUAGAAAGCUGCCGUACAGUGGCUGAAGAAGAUUGGCCAGAAAUAGAAAAUAUGUUUCCUUUGGAUCCUCAAGACUUUGAGAGUUUUGAUCUUCCUGAAGAACACAAACUAAGCAAUAUCAGCCUGUGUGGUGUUCCCCUCAUGGUAUUUGAAAGGACAUAUGACAAAUGUGUGAACACGGUUCCUUCACCUGUGAAAAUUGAAGAGAUUUCAUGGGAAUCCAACUUGCUACAAUCAACUGCUGACUUCCUUGCUACGCUGGAUGAGAUCAUUCACAUGCCAGCUCCAAAUUAUGAUGUUUAAUGUUGUGUUCUGAAGUUUCUUUUGAGGUUGAAUUUCAUAUAGCUCUAUAUUUCAAUAAAGGCUAGUUUAACCUAUA